CUGCUCAUCUACGAGGAGGUGGCGCGGAUGCCGCCGUUCCGACGGAAAACCCUGGUGCUCAUCGGGGCGCAGGGCGUCGGGCGCCGCAGCCUCAAGAACAAGCUGCUCAUGUCGGACCAGGCGCGCUACGGCACCACGCUGCCCCACACCUCCCGCAAGCCCAAGGACAGCGAGCGGGACGGCCACGGCUACCGCUUCGUGGCGCGGGGCGAGAUGGAGGCGGACAUCAAGGCCGGGCGCUACCUGGAGCACGGCGAGUACGAGGGCAACCUCUACGGCACCAGCAUCGACUCCAUCCGCGCCGUGGUGGCCGCCGGCAAGAUGUGCAUCCUCGACGUCAACCCCCAGUGUUUGCGGCGCCUGCAGCUCGGGCUGAGGCCAGCACACACCAGCACCUCUCAAGGCAACCACUACGUGGGGCAGAUGCACGAGGGCAGCAUGCUGCGUGUGACGCUGGACCAGCUCACGGAUGGGCAGCUGGUCUGGCAGCGCCUGGGCGACCCCUACGACGUGGUGUGCCUGGGUGCCCGGCAGUACCAGCUCCGUGCCAGCAAGGCCAUCUUCGCCGCCGCGCUCGAGGAGCAGUUCCCCGCCGAGAAGGAGGCAAUCGGGGAGUUCAUGCGGCUCUCCAAGCUGGCGGUGCCUGGGGACAUGAGUGUGGGGACGCGGAUGGUGGCACUGGAAGCUCUGGGGAUAUGGAUGGUGAGCAUGGUGGUGACAUGGGUGAUGGGGGCAGUGGGGACAUGGAUGGUGGACAUGAUGGGGCCGUGGUGGUGGAGAUGGUGGGGACAUGGGUGGUGA